GUUGGGUUUGGCUGAAAGUUGCCCCCUUUGUGGAUGGAGCUCCUGUGCUGGUUUUUAUUGUUUUGCUGAUAGUUUCAAAAUUGCGAAUGUUUCUGUUGAUUGGGAUUGUGAUUUUGGUGUAAAGAUUGGCUUUUUGGCAUCUUCGUUUUGCUUUUGUGUUUAUUUUGAUGGAAUUUUUGGAAUUUUGUUGGUAUUGUCGGUGAUGGUCUAGUUUGAAAGUUGCCCUCUUUUUUGGGGGAAAUGAGUGCUGAUCGGAAUUGUAAUUCGUGCUCUGAGUUUCUCUUCUUUGAUCUCAUGAAGCUGUUCAAGAAUGCUUGUUGUAUCUAAAUCAGGCAGAUGAAGUGUUUGUCGGAAUGCUCACUUUGAAUUGCGUUGGAGAUCUAAGAGGAUGUUUAGGGUUUUGCUCGUGUUGGUUUUUUGGUGGAAAAUUUAGUGCUUUUUUUAGAAUGUGGACGAUGCCUGAAGCCAAGGAUUUCAUCAGGACUACUGGCACCGGCGAAGAUAAGAUAAAACUUCUUGCAGGCGAUUGUAGUCCAAAAACUAUGAAUGAAAGGCAACAGCCUAAAGACAUCCUAGGGGAAGUUUCCAAGACUCAUAAUGCUAUACAGACACUGGAUAAAACAAUAUCAAAUCUAGAAAUGGAAUUAGCAGCUGCAAGGGCUACACAAGAGUCAAUACUGAAUGGUUCUCCAAUAUCAGAAGACAUGAAACUUACUGGAUCUAGUGGAAGACGAAAAUAUUUCAUGGUGGUUGGAGUAAAUACUGCUUUCAGUAGUCGCAAACGUAGAGAUUCAGUUCGCUCUACUUGGAUGCCUCAAGGUGAAAAAAGAAAGAAGUUGGAGGAAGAGAAAGGUGUCAUCAUGCGCUUUGUCAUUGGUCACAGUGCUACAUCUGGUGGAAUUCUUGAUAAAGCAAUUGAAGCUGAGGACAGAAAACAUGGCGAUUUCAUGAGACUGGAUCAUGUUGAAGGAUACCUCGAGUUGUCGGCCAAAACCAAAAUAUAUUUUGCUACUGCUGCCUCUAUGUGGGAUGCAGAAUUUUAUGUCAAGGUUGAUGAUGAUAUACAUGUGAAUAUAGCCACAUUAGGAACUACUUUGGCUCGACACCGUUCAAAGCCUCGAGUUUACAUUGGAUGCAUGAAGUCUGGUCCUGUAUUGGCACAAAAAGGUGUGAGAUAUCAUGAACCUGAGCACUGGAAAUUCGGGGAAGCAGGAAACAGAUAUUUCCGGCAUGCUACUGGUCAACUCUACGCUGUUUCAAAAGAUUUGGCCACUUAUAUAUCCUUAAACCAACACGUAUUGCACAAGUAUGCAAAUGAAGAUGUUUCACUAGGAUCCUGGUUUAUUGGACUGGAUGUGGAACAUAUCGAUGAUCGUAGACUGUGCUGUGGCACUCCACCAGAUUGUGAGUGGAAGGCGCAAGCAGGCAACAUCUGUGUUGCCUCAUUCGAUUGGAGCUGCAGCGGUAUCUGCAGGUCUGCUGAAAGAAUGAGAGAAGUUCAUAACCGAUGUGGAGAAGGUGAAAAUGCUCUAUGGAGUGCAGUCUUCUGAUGAAAAAACAGAAAAACACGACACUUUCGACCUCAGGAAGUGGUCACCCACGUCGCCUCUUGUAUUAAUACAAACAUGUACGUAGUGUAGAGUGUACGUAUUUGGAUGAUAGAUAAGUAGAAUGGAUUGCUUUUAGGAGAGACGGGAAGGGACCUCUUUUGUUUUACUAGAGAAGACCCGGAAAUGCUCGAAAGAAGCAAGAAAAAAGCAUAGUGAUGUGAAGUGAGGGUUACAUUCUUUAAACUACAAGGCUGGUCAUUUUGUAUGUUUAAACAUUUUCGGUAUCAGCUGCUAAUAAGGCUAAUUUUUAUAUGAAGUAAAUUCUUAGCCAUUCACAACCAGUAUUGGCAAAUCUUCAGCGGAAA